UCAGGUAGAGUGGGGGAGGUGAUAAGAAGGCAGAAAGAGGGACAGAGACACAUGGAGAACACACCAGUGUGUGUGAUGUGUCCUAUUCAUGUGUCAGUGGAUGAGGUAGAUCACACUCCACAACCCAUCAUGGAUAUCAAAAGCAAGAUCCGGCUUUACAGCGUCCUGUUAGGCCUGUCCGUCACGUUCGUCAUCAUGGCUUCGAACAAGAAGGGUGUCCUCCUCCCCACUUCCCCCUACCACUUCAGCAGCCUAGUCAGCCUGAGACCUUAUACCUUCAACCUCUCCUCAGUCAAGGACUAUGCACAUAUCAAACUGGUGGUCGGGUCCAUCACAUCCAAGGUGGAGUUUCGCAGCAGUCGACAGCUCCCAGAGCUAAAGGCACUGGUUAACAGUGAGCCAAAUAUGUUUUCUGCCAUCCCCCGGAAAUUCCUGCCUGGUGUCAAGAACCCCUGCUGGUAUGAGGAAUAUACUGGGAAUAUUACCUCAGACCCAUACAGGACAAACUUGUAUGCACUCUAUUCAAGCAGGUUCCGGACAUUGUUUCAGCACUUGAGGAACACUUUCCGAGAACGCUUGUUUCACCGCGAUGGGAAACCCUACCGCAUGCGAUGCCUUCCUUAUUUCUAUAUCAUCGGCCAACCAAAGUGUGGCACAACGGACCUGUAUGACCAACUGAGCCUGCACCAGGAUGUGAAGUUCUCCACUUUCAAAGAGCCACACUGGUGGACCCGCAGGAGGUUUGGUAUCAAACCUCUGAGCGAGGGCUUUCAUGAUCGAUACCCAGUGGAGGACUACCUGGACUUAUUCGAUCAGGCUGCUUACCAAAUCCAGGGCAAACUCACAACAAAUGCCAGUGGAAGCCCCAGCCAACCUAACAUCAUCAUAGGAGAAGCCAGCGCGUCCACCAUGUGGGACAACAACGCCUGGGUGUAUUUCUAUGACAACACCACAGAGGGAGAGCCUCCUUUCCUUGUCCUGGACUUCGUCCACGCCCUGCAGCCUAAUGCCCGCUUCAUCAUCAUGCUCAGGGACCCAGUGGAAAGGCUCUACUCUGACUACCUUUACUUUGGUAUUGCCAACAAGUCUGCAGAGGAUUUCCAUGAGAAGGUGUCAGAGUCGCUGCAGUUAUUCGAGGGGUGCCUUACGGAGUACACAAUGCGCUCCUGUGUGUACAACACUACUGUCAACAACGCCAUGCCAGUCAGGUUGUACGUUGGUCUGUACAUUGUGUACUUAAUGGACUGGAUGACCGUCUUCAGCAGGGAACAGAUUCUGGUCCUGAGGUUGGAAGACCAUGCCUCUAACAGGAAAUACACAAUGCACAAAGUCUUUGAUUUCCUUAACCUGGGGCUGCCGACAAAAGAAAUAGAGUCAAAGAUCACAAGAAGUCCAGCGUCAAACACCAGGAGGACAUCUGACAAAAACCUGGGACCCAUGCUGCCCAUCACUGAAGAGAUCCUGCGGGAUUUCUACAUGCCGUUCAACGAGAAAUUGGCCAAAGUGCUGCAGAAUGACUCCUUCCUCUGGGAGAACUCUAAACUCUGCACAACCCACCUCCCCUUUACUUCAGUAAAAUAAACCACUGAUGUGUCAGCCA